AUGACGAACGACUUACACGUGGCCAUUGUUGGCGCCGGAGUGGGUGGUCUGGCUUUGGCCAUGGGAUUGCACAAGCGAGGCGUGUCUUUUACCCUGUAUGAGGAAGCGAAACAAUACUCGGCUGUGGGGGCAGGUAUCGGCUUUGCACCAAAUGGUUUACGGGCAAUGGACCUGAUUGAACCCGGGUUUCGCCCUAUAUAUGAGAAGGCCUCUUGCGGAAACAAGUACCCGAAUGCCCAGAAUGUGUUUUUCGAAGGAUUGUUGAUGGAACCCGGCCUCGGUUUGUCUCGACCGUGGUCCGGUGAUUUUAAGGCAGCCUGGGGCCACCCUGACUUCGUGCGGAAAUCUGCUCACCGAAGGGAUCUUCUGGAUGUCAUGACCAGCUUCAUUCCCAUCGAGAACGUAAAGUUCAACAAACGCCUGACAGAAAUUGAGCAACAUCCCGACAAGGUGGUGCUCAAAUUCGCCGAUGGUGAGGUUGCCGAGGCCAGCAUUCUAGCUGGCGCCGACGGCAUCCAAAGUACUGUCCGAGCCCAUGUACUCUCUCCCCAGUACCCCGAUCAGGUUGCCCCAUUGUACACAGGGACUUACUGCUACCGUGGUGUGAUCCCCAUUUCGGAAGCCGAGGAGAUCUGGGGAGAGCACGCCGAUGUUGCAAAACAGUUCUUCGGUAAUGAACGAUGCGCUAUUACUUACCGAAUUACUGGUGGCCAGGAGUACAAUACAAUGAUGACGGUUGUGGACCACGAAGGAUGGAAGUUGAAGAAUGCUGUAACAGAAAGGGUUUCAUAUGAGUCCAUGAUGGCCGACUUCCAACGUGAAGGCAUAGAUGAGCGCUUCUCAAAGCUCCUCUCGAAAUUUCCACCCAUCAAAUGGGGUCUGUUCCAUCAUUUGCACACCUCAACAUACUACCGUGGUCGCGUGGCUCUUAUUGGCGACAGUGCCCACGCCUCCUUGCCGUAUCAGGCUGCCGGGGCUGCUCAAGGCUUGGAAGACGCUUGGGUCCUGACUGCUGUCAUUGCGGAAGUGGCCAAGUUCCCCAGGAGCGCUGCAAGCCUGGCACCAGAAAUUGAUGCCGCUCUUGCUGCUUACGACUCGGUACGACGACCACGAGCGCAGUUUCAGCUUCAACGUGCUGCUGAAGUUGGCCGUAUGCUUCUCUUCCAGCACGAAGAGACUGGCAGCGAUAUGACCAAAAUCCUUGCUAAGCUACAAAAUGGAUGGUUCGACUGGCUAUGGUUUCACGAUAUCGACACGGAUGCGCAGAAAGCCCUGGCCGUACUGAAGGAAAAUAAACUUUGGUCCCAAGUCUGA